AUGUCUCUGAGAGAAAAGAUCAUAUCAUUAAUUUCCAGAUACGUCCUUCUCCCUCUCGUCAAAUUGUACGUGCACAUCGUCAAAAAUCCUAAAACUCAGGAAUAUUUCGAAUCCAAUGGAAUCCUUUAUCUCGGCGACGUUUCUUCCGACUACGCUAACGAUUUCCUCAACGGAUAUGGAUCCACCGAGAUCUGGACCAAGGUUUACAAUCGAGUAAAACAGACGAAAGCCGACCUCGCCGGGUGUGGAUUUAUUGGACAUAACUUCAUCAUCCCGAGGAAACCAUCCCUCAUAAAAUCAAUUCUGGUAAAGGACGCCUCCCACUUUGACCGGGUUCACACAAUGCUCAGUUUAAAAGGGGACUAUAUCGUAUCAAAAUCGAUGGUUUUCAUGCAAGGUGAGGACUGGAAGAAGACCCGGGCAAAAUUCGAAAGUGCCUUCACACCGAGUAAAGUCAAGCGGAGUUUCGAGCAAGCUAAUCAACUCGGGAAGAAUUUGGUGGCAUAUUUAAACCGAGAGUUGGAUAAGGAUCCAGAAAAAGGGAUCGAUUUCAGAAUUGCCGCUCAUAAAUUUUCUCUCGAUGCGGCAGGAUCCUCGACGCUGAACUUGGACACAGCAUCCCUUCAGACGCGUGCGCCAUCUCAAUUUGAAAAAAUCUCGGCCAAAUUUUUUCUCUCAUUUGAUAGCUUUGCGAAUUGGUGGAAACCCGGCUUAAUUCAAUGGUUUCCCAGAAUUGCGACGUAUUUCAAGCUGUCAGUCGUUGAUAAGGAAAUUCUUCAAUUUUACGGUCACGUUACGAGGGAAAACAUGAAAAAUUCUGGGGGAGAUAAAAAUGCCAAUGAUUUCGCUGGUCUGGUCCACUCCACGUGGCAGGAGCUUUACGGGGGCCACGUGGACCGACCGGAUCAAGAAGAAUGGAUCACGGCCAAUUUGUUCGGCAUGGUUUUGCCCGGCUACAAAACGACGCAGACGCUUAUCGCGAUGUGUGCUUACGUUCUGGCGCUACAUCAAGACGUGCAGGACAAGUUGAGGGACGAGGUGAACGCAAUGAUGGAGUCGCACGGGGACGAAUUCACCUUUGCAGCAGUGAAUGAAAUGACGUAUAUCGAAAUGGUGAUAAACGAAACUUUGAGAAUCUACUCACCCGUGGGACUGGUGGGCCGCAUGUGCAGAAAGGAAUACGCCGUUCCAGAUACCACACUUGUCCUAAAAGUCGGAGAUAUAAUUCUUAUUUCGCUCUACGGUUUACACUAUGACGAAGAAUACCAUCCAAAUCCGGAAGUUUUUGACCCGGAAAGAUUUGCCGGAGCAAAAAAGGACUUUACCUUUCUCCCAUUUAGUGAAGGACCCAGGAAUUGUAUAGGAAUUCGGAUGGCCCUGGUGCAGACGAAAAUGAUGUUAUGUCAUGUUCUCAAAAAUUUUAAGCUUACUCCAUCCCCAGAAACUCUCAUUCCCAUGAAGUUCGUUAAAUCUGCAUUUCCAGUCAUGGAUACGGAAGAGGUGAUCGUGUGCUGCACUAAAAUUGAAUGAUCGUUAGGAGAAGAGUUGCAUAGAUUUACGAGUGUAUUAAGCAUCCAAGAGGCAUACAUAAUACGAAAAGUAUUUAUGUAAUUAUGUUACUGGUGUGAUAAGUAUUUAAAUGGUGCAGGUAGUUUUUCAUGUUAGCAAAUAACAACAAAAAUGUUUCAAGAGCAAUUUUCUUACUAUUAAACGGUGUGACAAAUUUAAAAUAUAAAUGUUGCUUAAAAUUUAUAGAAAUACUUACAACUCUGAUCCGAGUGCUAAUUUCGUUAGACGACUAUUAUUGCGUUUAUGCUUCAUAAUCUGACGAUAGUUUUCAAACUCCUUAAUGUAUUACUGACUGUUUCUUCUACAUACAUGUAGCAUUGAAAGAUUGGAAAAUUAUCGUGAAGUCAGGAGGUAUUUACAUGCAAACGUAGAAGCAAAUAUCUCUAAAAUUUUCCAAGAUAAAAAAAUGAUCACCUACUUUCAUAACAAAUCAAAUCGCAGUACUAUUUGGAUCUUGUACAUACAUAUGUACAUACAUUUGCGACAUAUCCAACAUGUACACACACUUACCAAAUAAAACCUAUUGACAAUUAAAUGAAUUACUCUACUGUUGUAAACUGAUUGUUAGCCCACAACUAUACCGUGCAUCAGCGCCGUAGCGAAGGUGGAGAGAGGUGGAGAGACACUCUCCAGGCCGUACCGCCAGGGUCAGCAAUAGUAUACACUAGACAAGAUCAAUGCCAGUAGUAGAAUACACUAGAUAAAAUCAGGGUCAGCAAUAAAAUACACUAGGUAAAAUCAGGAAUUGAAUAAUUUUUGGGGGCGUAUGAGGCCGUACUACGGCCAAACUCUCCAGGCCGGACAAAAUGUUGCUACGGGCCUGCCGUGCAUAUGUAUAAUAAUCAGAUUAAUAAUAUGCAAACUAAAUGUAGCAAUUGAUGGAAACAAGUAAUUCCCCGAAAAAUUGUGUCACCACACACCUUGACCACGAGGGGCUUGUGCCUGAGCUUAUUAAUAAUUACUUGUUACAAAUAUUUUAUUUAACAGCAUGAAACUGAAUUAAUUAUAAAUCAUAUAACUUGGUGUAUCAGUAUUAAUCGUAAUAUUUCUAUGAUAUUGAUAUAUACGUUCCUGAAUUAUCUGCUAUCAUGAAAUUCUGAAUUUAUAAGAGGAAUAAGCUAUUGGCAUCGCAAUUUUGUCAAAUAGAGAAAGUUUAUCACAAUAAUAAAGUUAAUAAAGUGUUA